GAGUCUGUUGACGACGUUGCACAGUUAGGAAGUGUGCGAAUACAGAUAUCAACGAACAAUGCAAAUCUAGCCAACAACUGGUGUAUUUCGGCUGUCAGCGCAUUUCCUUUCGUUUUGAUAGUGCAGUUAAAAUAGAGACAGCCGCUAAAAAUGUUCGCAGGGUUACCAGAGCUGGGAAUAUCCAAUGGGGAGGAUUUGAAAGAAACUCUCACUAACUGCACAGAACCCCUGAAAGCCAUCGACCAGUUUCAGAUGGAAAAUGGCAUAUUGCUGCCAACCCUACAGUCUGCAUUGCCUUUCCUGGAUCUUCACGGGACUCCACGGUUGGAGUUUCAUCAGUCGGUCUUCGAUGAACUUCGAGAAAAGCUGAUGGAGCGUGUUGCCACCAUUGCAGAGGGCAAGGAUGAGGACAGAUACGUAAAGCUGGAAGAACUUCUUGAGAAAAGCUUCCCAUUGGUGAAGAUGCCAUCCAUACAGCCCAUUGUCAUGCAAGUGCUGAAACAUCUGCCAAAGGUACCUGAGAAGAAGCUGAAACAGGUGAUGGCUGAUAAAGAGCUGUACAAAGUCUGCGCAGUGGAGGUGAAACGGCAGAUUUGGCAAGACAAUCAGGCUCUGUUUGGGGAUGAGGUGUCUCCUCUAUUGAAACAGUAUAUUGUGGAGAAGGAGGCGGCUCUUUUCAGCAGUGACCUCUCUAUCCUUCACAAUUUUUUUAGUCCUUCACCCAAAACACGGCGACAGGGUGAGGUGGUGUUGAAGCUGACUCAGAUGAUUGGUAAGAACGUAAAGCUCUACGAUAUGGUACUACAGUUCCUGCGGACGCUAUUCUUGCGCACACGGAACGUACACUACUGCACUCUGCGAGCUGAGCUGCUCAUGUCCCUCCAUGACCUCGACAUUAGCGAGAUCUGUUCAGUCGACCCUUGUCACAAGUUUUCUUGGUGUUUGGAUGCCUGCAUCAGGGAAAAGUUUGUGGAUGCUAAACGGGCCCGAGAGUUACAAGGCUUCCUGGACGGAGUGAAGAAAGGGCAGGAACAAGUGUUAGGUGACCUGUCUAUGAUCCUCUGUGACCCAUUUGCCUGUAACACACUAGUGUUGAGUACCGUGAGGAACCUUCAAGAGCUGUUGAGCCAGGACGCCCUGCCCAGAGACAGCCCCGAUCUUCUCCUCCUGCUGCGGAUGCUUUCUCUUGGCCAGGGUGCUUGGGAUAUGAUUGACAGCCAGGUUUUUAAAGAGCCACGUAUGGAUUUGGAGGUGGUAACACGCUUUCUGCCUGCCAUGAUGUCAAUAGUGGUGGAUGACUACACGUUCACCGUGGAGCAGAAACUGCCAAGUGAGGAGAAGACCUCUCUGACGUAUCCCACCACUCUCCCUGAAACCUUCUCCAGGUAUAUACAGGAAAACAGGGUGGCGUGUGAGAUCGGUCUUUAUUAUGUGCUUAUCAUCGCUAAGCAGAGGAAUAAAAAUGCUUUACAGCGGCUUCUGCCUGCACUGGUUGAUACCUAUAACGACAUGGCGUUUGGAGACAUCUUUCUCCAUCUUCUCACUGGUCAUCUGACUCUGCUGUCUGAUGAAUUUGGAUCAGAGGAGUUCUGUAAUGCUGUCUUUGAUAACUUCCUUCUCACGUCUUUCUCUAGUAAGGAGAAUGUUCACCGACACUGUCUUCGCUUGCUGAAUCAUCUCCAUCAGAAGGUGCUGGCAUCCUACAUGGAAACCUUAAUGAAGACGCUUGAACCACCAAAACAGAGCAGUGAGUCAGUGAAAGAACUGUACACCCUGUUGAAAGAGAAGCUCGAAGCUUCUAAGAAAAGCCCCCCGGAACCAGAGGAAGCCCCUUCUCUUGAUCUCGGCCUUCACCCUGUUACUGUGCCCUCCACCCCCUCCACUCCUACAACUCCUCUCUGAGAGAGACUGGAUGCCCCGGCCACUAGAGAGCAGCAAAAGCAAUCAUGUUCACAUGGGGAUAGACAGCAUGUCUAAUAUCAUAAAGACUGCCCUGAACGUGUGUACAGUGGAAGUGAUGGUUAUAUGAGUUUUGUUUUCUUAUUUUUUUCUUUUAUAAAGGUAAUUUUAAAAGCCUUUUCCAUUUUGUAAUUUUGUUGGCUCAGUUCUUUUUUUCAUUUAUAUGCUACUUUUAGAAAAAUGUAGACUUGUUUCAGUGUUGAAUGACUUCAAAUGUAGCAUUUCAUGGUUGAAUGUGUUUUGCUUUGGAUUCUGUCAGAAACAAGCCCUAGUGUAAAUAAAAUAAUUGGUUAGAAAGUUUACAGUCCUUGUUUUUGGAGUGUUUAAAUGCAUUAAACUUAACUGAUUAGAUGCUUUUUUUUUUCGGCCUAACAUUGUCCAAGCCAGACAUGG